UGUAGCUUAAUCACUUCCUACAGAGACGUUCCCCCAAAUCAAAAUAUCAGACUUAUUGCAGGUUGGGAAUGUUUUAAAGCUAUGGAUGACUUACCUGCGGACGUGAAGGCUUUCCUACUAAGCCACCCUUUUCUCGAGCUGACUGACAGCAAAAAGAUUAAGUGCACACUGAACGGCCAUGAAUUCCCAUGCAAACUAGAGGAGCUGCAGAACUUCACCAAAGCGAAAAAGUAUCAGAAACUGAGCUCCCAAGCUGAGUUCAACUACAGCCAAUAUGAACCACACAUUGUGCCAAGCUCAAAACAACCCAAUCAGCUCUUCUGUAAGCUGACCCUCAGACACCUCAACAGGAAGCCACACCAUGUAUUAAGACACGUCAACGGGAAGCGCUUCAAGAAGGCCCUCGUCAAAUAUGAGGAAUGUGUGAAGCAGGGCAUUGAGUUCAUUCCGAUAAGACUCCAGCAGAAAAGGCCAAAAGAGACGAGCGCUGAAGUCCACCACGGCAGGAAGUCCAAACAUGGCAAUGGUGCAUGGGCGCCAUCCUCCAGUGACAAUGAUGACCACAGUGACUCGGAAGACAGCUUGAGUGACCUCUACCCCUCAUCCAUUUUCACUUUGAAGGAAUCAGCCGAGGAGAACAUGGAGUCGGAACAGUGCAAGGAUGAGGAUGACUUCCAAACAGAUGAGGAUGACGAGAUGGAGGUGGACACAAUAGCCAUCCAGAAACGUAAAAAGGUCCAGGGUGGUGGCAGCCCUCAGAAGAAAUUAAAAAACAACAACAGGAAAAGCCAUAAGAAAUCUGUGAAAGUGUGUAAUCGAAAGUAAAUCAUAAAAGUAUAUUUUCA